CAACUUUCGGCGUUAGUACAUUAACAACUCUGAAUGAGUUAACAUGCCAUCGACGCUGUUCUUGAUAUUGGGAAGCGCUAUUGUAUUAAGUCACUGCCAAAUGAGUUCAGCACAAGGUCAAGGAGGUUGGGGUGGCAAUGGAGCCAAUUCGUGGUCUUCAUCCAGUUCAAGUGGCCAACCAGGACAACCGGGUCGCAGUGAGGUUAGCUAUGGCUAUGGUGGUGUAGAUGCCAAUGGUGUACCCUAUGGCGGUUAUGGUGGCAAUGGUGGCUAUAACAUCAAUGUAAGCGAUGAACAAGGACGCACUCACACCUACAGCGGAGGUCCUGGAGCUCCAGGUGGCUAUCCUGGAGCUCCCGGUGGAGCUCCGGGACAACCUGGUUACCCCAGCACAUUUAGUUAUGCCAGUACGAAUAAUCAAGGACGUGGUUAUGGCAAUUCUUCAUCCUCUUCAUUUGCUUCGGCUUCCUCGUCCGCUUGGAAUACCUUUUAUGUGAUAGCCUUAUUCACUUUGUAUGCUAUGAUUAAAUUUUAAGUUUUUCUUUUAACAGAUUUUAUUGUUAUGAUCUAUGAAGCUCAAUUGUUAGUGUUUUAAGUGAUAAUUAAAAGUGAAAAUGAAA